AUGGGUGCUACGGAAUGCUCGAUAGAUGCAGUUGGAGAUAGGCAUGCGCGUCCCUCCGCGCAGGGAUUAACAUUUUCUUCUUUUUCCUCAAAACAAAAACACCAUACCCCCGUAGUUCACAAGAUAGCAUCGUUCGUUCUCUAUACCGCAGCAAACAAGACAAGAAAGGUGUGGAUAGCUUUUUCUUUAUCUGCUUGUUAUUCUGAUCAUGCCAACAUAUUCUCUGCCAUCUUACAGGCAGUGAGAGGGGCGAGGGCGAUUGGCAACACAACGCCAUCAAGAACUGCCAUCCAGAAGGCAUUUGAAUACUUUCAAGACAAAACCUGGGACUUUGGCUACAAAUCGGGCAAACGAACGGACAGUGUAGCUCUCAAACGGAGUUUGAAUGAAUUUGGCCAUCUCCCACCUUGGUACAAAGCUUGGAAGGGAGACGAAGGCCAAUCAAAGCGAUUGUUGUUUACUGCAAAUGAUGAUGAGUGUCUACAAAGAAUAAUUAAAGAGCAACCUCAAUUGUAUCUGGAUGAGAUUGUGACGGAGAUGAAGAAGUUGACAGGCAAAAUUUGGCAUCCGUCAACACUUCGGAAGCGAAUGCACAAACUUGGAUAUUCUUUGAAAGUGGCGGUACAUCGUGCCAGACAAGCUAGCGAGAAUGAACAGGCACUUUCUACCAGCGACUCGACCAAUCCGUGUCGGAUCCUCAACAGGCACUCUUCUACCAGCGACUCGACCAAUCCGUGUCAGAUCCUCAACAGAUACUUCUCACUGACGAGACUCACAAAAGUCGUUAUGGUAGUCGACGACGUCGUGCUUGGGAAAAAAAAAGGAAUUGCAACUGUGAUUCCUUCCUACUUUGAAGAAGACUUCCUACAACAAUUCACUUUUAUUGAUCUUGCCAACAUAUUUGGUUUUGUACCUGAAGCUUGUGAAAUAGUUCACCAAAACAAACGCCUUGAGAAUUGA